AGAUACAAAGCUGCAGGGCAAGACACCAUUGUGUUGGCUGGAGCAGAGUACGGAAGUGGGAGCUCUCGAGACUGGGCUGCCAAGGGUCCGAAGCUAUUAGGAGUUAAAGCAGUAAUUGCCGAGAGUUUCGAGAGAAUUCAUCGCAGCAACUUGGUAGGCAUGGGGAUCAUUCCACUCUGUUUCAAGCCCGGCCAGGAUGCAGAAACACUGGGAUUGACCGGCCAUGAACGCUACACUAUAGACCUGCCGAAAAAAAUCGGCGAGAUCAAGCCUGGCCACGAUGUUACUGUUACAACUAACACCGGCAAAUCUUUCACUUGCACGCUACGCUUCGACACAGAGGUGGAGCUGGCAUAUUUUGACCAUGGUGGUAUUCUCCAGUACGCCAUUCGAAACCUGAUCGAGCAGUAGUUUUUCAUUGUAAAUACCUUUACAACGUUGCAUGAAAUGAGCACGAGCAAGCAAGCAGCAGUUUUGUAUUGCAACAUUUUUAAUCACUAUUUUAAUUGAUUUCCAUUUUAUAUGUAUUUGUUCCAUCUGUUAUAUAGAGAAUUCUG